AUGCCCGCGCACAACCACACCGCAUCCAAAAGAAGGACGUCACGUGUUAACGCACAUCCCCUCGGCCCGGAGUACCAGGCCGUGAGAUUUGCGCAGCUAACAAGCUCUCAAACACAACAUAUGAAAGACCCUAAGAGAGUAAGGUGCAAUGGAGGGUCGAAACGAGUAACGGGAGUAAAGGAAAAGGCAAUGAAGGGAGGGAUUAGACACUGUCAGGAGUGUGGACACAUUGGUCAUGAUAGAAGACAAUGUCCAAGAAAUUUGAACACACCGACAUCACUGUCGAACAAUGACGAAUCAACUCCAAUAGAUCUUAGUGACCCAUUCUUCGACGAAUUUUACAAGAUGCACGGACCAACUCAAUGA